ACUCCUACAUAUCCUCUAUUUAAUUUUGAAGGACAGAAUUACUUGGCAUUUAAACCUGUACAUCAGAUCUACAUUUUUCUGAACGAGUUUUGUUUAAAGGCUGUAGUAUUUUUCUUUUUAUAUCUUUAUAACUAACUUUCUGACCCGAUUUUCUGGCUUGAAACCUUGAGAUAGUUCAGAGAAGCACAAGGACGACGGGCAGCUCUAGAUUAGCCGAUUCUUCGUUUCUACCUGACCAACCGAUGCUAUCAUAUAAAUAUAAAACUGAGUUGAUUCUUUAAGCUUCUUUUGAGAUUUUGUCGUGCAGUAGACUCCACCCUGGCGAUUGUUAAACGCAGAACAAUUUGAACAAGGCUAGAGUAGAACAGCGUGCACGGGCUGAUUCACACACCACGAUGAGAAUACUACUUUUAUUCCUAGGUUUUACAACAGUAGUCUUUGGUCAAGAUUAUCUGUAUGCCCAACAAGACAGUAAUAACAAAGAACCACAACAGCUAUUUGACCCGGAGAAUUAUAAAUACAAACCACCUUCUGCAAUUCAACCACCAUUGCAACCUAAGCCUCGGCAACCUCCUCGUCAACGUAAUCGUCAAAGAUCUUAUCAAAACUCACCACGACAAAAUCAAGAAUUAUCUGGUAGACAGCCUCAAGGUCCACCUAAAAACGUUGUCUAUCAGGAAGCUUAUCAAGGCCAAUCUCAAAAUCCACAACAAUAUGAAGCCCGAUCUAGUAGCCAAGCUACAUCUGCACAACGACAACAGCAAGCUUCCCCUAGACAUAGGUCGCGAGAGAGAGCUCGUCAAGAACAAGUCCAGCAGGUGGAACCUUACAACCACGGACUACCUGCGGCCACAGUUUCUGGUGGAAAAUAUCAGUCAUUAGGUGAAAUAUACGCUCAGUAUGAGCGAAGAGUCGAGGAAUACGAGAGAAUAGAGGAAGAGAAAAAGCAGGAGGAAGAGCAGCGCCGAAGAACCAGACCAUCUCGGCACCAUUCAGAACAAAGACGCCCAGCAGCGAGGGUCUCGACUCCCCGAGUUGCUCCUCAACCCCAGUCUGUGCCAGAGCCUGUUUCUUACCAGCUACAACCUGAACGUCAGGCUGCUUCCGUUUCUCGAUCUAGUAGACCCCCUAUUCAGCCUCAACAGAUAUCUGAUGCUCAACAAUAUAACAGAAACCCUCAGCUUCAUCCUCAGGAUAACUCAGUUCCUCGCUCUAAUAGACGUCCAGCUCGGCCAAGUCAGCCGUUGGAGGCUCCAAGAUAUAAUGAAAGAUCAGAAAACCAACGCCAAACCUACUCUCAACCACGUAAUCCAGUGAACACUCAACAGUAUAGACAAGCUCCAGCAUCAAAGCCUCAACCACAGGCUGAUUCUGGAUCCGCCAGUUUAGCUGUAGCCUCUUUGCCACACGACUCUGAUGGAGAUGGUAUUCCAGGAGAAGCAGGAAAAGAUUAUCCCACAUUAAAUUCGAUCCCCUCGACAUCAUUUUCUUGUGGUCAACAACCACUGAAUGGCUACUACGCAGACUUGGAAACAGCUUGUCAAGUGGUUCAUCUUUGCCAAGCCGGGGGCGUUCAGGACAGUUAUAUCUGUCCAAAUGGCACCAUUUUCAACCAGCAAGUGUUUUCGUGUCAGUGGUGGUAUAAAGUAGACUGUCGCAAAUCUGCCCACUUCUAUCAACUUAAUGACAAUCUCUAUAAGGUCCCUGAACCUGUGAAAAAAGCACCACCUCCCCCUUCUCCUUCUCAGACUAGGCAAGACGAAAGCAGCCCAGACUACGAGUAUUACUAAGAAAACGAAAUAUAAAGUACUGAUCUAUGCCAAAGGGUUGUUAAAAACAAAAGUUCUAUUGAAAUAAUACGGUUAAAUCAUAAUGUGUCACAAAAGACACAAUACUCAUAUAUCAAGAUAUAAAAUAAAAAGAUUGUUCCAAUUUAUCAAGAACUAUCACUCGUUACUACUUAGGGUUAAAAAGAGUAUAGCGUAGUGUGUCCUCUUAAUAGAACAGCUAUAAAUAUUUAAUACAAUUUUUAUGAGCUUUAAAAGUUAAAUGAUGAUUAUUCCUCAUUCUAUUGACUUUACUUCUAACUAAAUGUUUCGAAAAUAUUUCGUUUAAGAGGAUAUAUUAAUAUCCAAAACAUAUGGCUUAUAAAAGUUAAAUAUGCAUUUUUUUUCCAUCUUUUGAACUCUCAUAUUUAUGUGUCUGUUUGGAAUCAAAUAAUAUAGAUAUUUACGUUACAAACUAAAAAAAACAGCAACAAAAGAUUUCAUCAUCAAAUAGUUUAUCACUACUGAAAGAAAAAUCUGAAAAAAAGAUGCAAUUAAACAUGUGACUACUUUUAAGCUUAUUAGCAACUAGACACAAAAUCCAGGAAAAAACAAGCAGGUCAAGCGAGUGAGAUUUUGAGUAAAAACUCCAAUACAGUCUAUGUGAAGAAUAGGUCUCCUUGCCCUAAGUAAUGUCAAAUUGACACUUUGAAAUAGCUGUAUAAGUUAUUGUAGACAAUGAUAUAUAGCCUACUUUCAAUAAACUUGCAUAUUAUACCUUGCUUUAUCA